GUGCAAGUGCAAUUUAUAUAAUAGAUAUCUAGGAUUUCUUCUAUGUUAGUUUUUCAUGGCCCAUGGACAAAUUUGGUUGGCUUAGACUUUGACCAGAUAAACAUUUUAAGAUGUCAACAUUAACUACUAAGUUUUUUGAAGAUUUUUUGAAGAAGUAUGAAAAAGAUGACACCAUUAAAGUGGAAAAGUUUGAGAAAAAUUGUGCCUGUGAAAGUGAAAUGAAUUUUAUGUCGGUUGUUAGUAGAAUAACGAUUUGUGGAACUAAAAAUUCAAAAGAACAAGAGUGGUCACUUAUAAUAAAACAACCCCCAACGGAAUGCUUUUUUAACGCCCAGAAGGCAUUUGAAAAUGAAAUUUUUGCCUACCAAAAAAUAGUGACAACAUUGGAGGAAUAUGCCUCCAAACCUUUAAGGUUCGCUAAAUGUUUAUUUGCUUCGAAGGAACUUAUAAUUCUUGAAGAUCUCUCUAAGGAUGGUUAUAGGAAUCUAAAGAAGAAAACUAUGUUAACUUUGGAGCAAAUAAAAAAUGUUUUAAAGGAAUUAGCAAAUUUGCAUGCUGCCUCUAUAUCACUGAUGAUCAAAAACCCGGAAAAAUUCAAGGCAAUUUCGCAAACAGUUCAGGAAAUAUCGUUCGCAACUCCAAAAACUGACGUUAUGGUUACACAGGAAUGGAAUUUAGACAAAGCAAUAGAUUUACUUAAAUCAAAUCCAGAAGCUUCGGCAAUACUUUGCGAACUAAAAGAAAAAACUUUCGAGUUGCAAAAACAAAGCCUGAUGGGCCCUAGGAAGUUAAACGUGAUAACACAUGGCGACUGCUGGACAAACAACAUUUUGGUGAACAAAAACAACGAAGUUCAACUGAUAGAUUUGCAAUCAAUGAGAACGACUUCUAUAGCAGCGGAUUUAACCUAUUUUUUAUACACCAACAUGGACCCAUCUGUGAGGAUGAAACACGAGAAAAAACUACUAAACAUAUAUUUUAAAGAGUUAAAUCAAAACCUCCGGAAAACGAAUGUUAACUAUCAAAUAGAAAGAAAGUUUUUGGACAGUGAAAUGUCUGAUUUUAAGCUGUUCGGGUUUAUGUUUGGUAUGUUUUUAUUGCCCGUUUUUUGCGCGAAAAAUUUAAAAAGUUACAGUUUGGAGAAUACGGAGCCAGAAAUUACGAGAAGGAUUUUGCUUUUUGCUAAAGAAUAUGUUCAAAAGGUUAAGAAUGAGAGGAUAAAUUGUGAAAAGAUUAGACAUGUUGGGCCACAAAGGUUGUAAAUAAUUUAAGGUUUGCUUUUAAAUAAUGUUAUAUGUAUAUUUGUAUCUUAAAUGUUUUAAAUAUCUAGUCAAGAAUGUAAUAAAAAGUACUAAAAUAAAAAGGUUUUACGAUACUGCGCACCACUCAAUGUGUCGCAAAGAAAAAUUUCGUCCUUUUUUAAAAAUGACAUAACUUUUUUGU